AUGUCGAAGCACAAGAAAAAAUCGGAAGAACAGGAUUGGGAUGAGUUGCCGAGAAGUCGAGUGAUUCGAAUAGAAAAUGUUUCAACUAUUGGUGCCUCCACAUCUGCCCCAAACGUCUUACUCAACUCGAUCACUUCCGAUUUUCAGUUCACCGAGGAGAACUUGCCGAGAAGUACAUUAUUCCUUUGUAGAAGCGUUUCCGAAGACUAUUUUUCAUUCUAUGUGGAGACGGAACGCAAGCAAAAAUCACCUUGGAAGGGCAUGCACUCCUACAUCCCUGGUCGAUGCAUCCAGAAGACCGAACCACAGUCUGAGCAUCCUCUCAUUUGUCUGCUUGAGAGAUUCAGCAAAGAGCCAAAGUUACUCGCUAACGCUGGCGUCUUCCUGCUCUAUGAAAUUCUUCCUUCAAAACAUAUUCGCAUCGAUUUCUAUCUACAGCAUGACAGAGUUUUUGAAUCCAUUCUCGACAGUCCCACAGUAUUGCCUAUGAUGUUCAAAAAACGAGUGCAUAUUGUCAUGAGAACUAUUGUCGAAGGCGGUCUAAAACCGUUUGACGUCGAUGUGAUCCACGACGAGAAGGGAGAUAUGGAUGAGCAAAGGAAGCAUGGAGACUUGAAUUUCGAAAAAUUGUUCGAUUUGGCUGAAAUUUAUAAAAAGAAAAAUGAGGAACCUAUUCCAAAUUACAAAUUAGACACCAAUACAUUAAACUCCCGCCUAAUGCCGUACCAGCAGGACACUGUCCGAUGGAUGAUCCAGCGUGAAGCGGAAAACUCAAUAGAUCUCAAUCUGUCAUGGCUGAAAUUCGAUGAGCUUCCCGGUGAUCCCCCACUAUUCUAUUAUUCAUUCAUUGGAGUCGUCGCGAGACAUCAACCGAGUGUAGAAGAUCUUCAAAGUUUUUCUAAGAAAUACACUGUCAAAGGAGGUCUACUCGCCGAUGAAAUGGGUCUUGGAAAGACUGUCGAAGUUCUCGCUCUGAUCUCAUCUGCUAGAAAAGACGAAGAAAAAAUCAUCGAGGAAGAUAAAGCGGAACAAAAACCAACUAGUUCAAGGAGCCAAGGUGCACCAAGUUAUACAAUUGCAGAACAAGUGCGAGUUGCAGAACAUAGUUACAAAGAAAUGAAUAAUGCCAAAACCAGCACAGGUCCAACAACAUAUAACGUUGAGAAAGCUAUAAAAGGCAAGACUGUGAACUGUGAAGGGUGUGGAGUAAUAUGCACUGCUUCUGUAUGUGGAUGGAAUUUCGAUACUUGUGAUGACGAAUUGUUUUACUGUCCCGAGUGUAUGACUCUUAAAAACACCAGACGUUUGGUGAAAACCACAUUGAUCAUAGUUCCCGAAAGUUUGAUUUUCCAAUGGUUCACUGAGGUUGCCAAACACUGUUCGGAUGAUUUCAAAGUGAUGUUCUAUUUUGGUGUCAAAAAACACGGAUAUCUGCAACCGUGCGAAAUGGAUAAAUUUGAUGUUGUUCUGACAACAUACGACACACUUCGUAGAGAAAUGAACUUUUCUGAUAAAAAAGAUCAAAGAAGAAACUUUCGGACCAACUCGAUCAAUUAUUAUUUGACAACUUCUCUGGUUCAUGUCAAAUUCUGGAGAGUUAUUGUCGAUGAAUCACAAGUGAUGCCACAGACAUCCACCUCUAAUCUAUCUCAGAUGCUGAUAAAACUUCAAGGAAUUAAUUGGUGGUGUGUUACGGGAACUCCUCUUGUCAGAACUAUUUCCGACAUGAAUCCCCUCUUCACAUUUCUGGAUUUGUUCCCCUACAACAACACGGAUUUUUUCUCUAAUUAUGUGCAUCCUCAGUACCUCAAUUUCGUACUUCAAAUUCAUGAUCAAAAGGAAUUGUUUGAUGAGAAAAAUCCAAAAGAUCUGCCGCCGAUUCUCCUUCUCGAGAUACUUGGUCGUAUCAUGAGUAGAAAAAUGAAAAUAGAUGUGGAACAUCAAAUCGAUCUUCCGGAGUUGACAGAAAUCGAAAAACGAAUUUGCUUCAGUGCCGUAGAGGAGCGUCAGUACAAAGAGGAAAAAGAAAAGUUGCGAGAUUCCGUAGCGAGGGCCAUCGGACAAGCGGCUGAUGAUAUUUUCCUUGCUGACCUAGCAUGUCGUGAUAAAGUACUUCAAAAGUUUGGAACACUUCGAGAGACACUUCUUACUGGACAUGGAAACACGCAUGAUGCGGGAUCAUCAAUAGUAUAUUCACCAGAGACAGUGAUAUUCCGUUUGGUUCAUAACAAGAAACAAAAUAUAACGUCUCAUAUGAGAAGUUAUGUCGUGUCUUCUCUAGGUCUCGCUGGAGUUCAACGUCUUAUGUCGCGUCCAGAAGAUGCUCUUGCUGUGUACCAGCACGUACUUGAUAAUUUCAACGAAGUCAGCACGAACACAUGCCUAAAGGAUGCCAUGGGACGAGAUUGUAUGACGCAGUUCAAGCAACCAUCCACAUCGCAACCAGGUGUAAUUAACCCAAAUGAUGUUUUGGAAGUGGAAGACGAGGAAGAUGGUGUUGGAGAUGUUUUAGCGACGAAAACCCAACAAGAACUAGAACAGAUACACAAUGUCGCUACAAUGGUGAGGUCUGUUCUGAAUGUGUUUAAGAGAUAUACGAAACAACUCGUGUGGGUUAGAAAGCAGCAAGAAGGAAGAUCAGACGACAGUGACGGACCACCGAAAGCCAAAAGACCUCGCUUAGAAGAUGCUAUCCGUAAAAUUCAAGAAGAUGAAGAAGCGGCAGAGAAAAAACGUAUAGCAUUACGGAAUCAAAGGGAUGCGGAAAUGGAAGAGGCUCGCCUUGCAUUUGUAGUUCGGUACGAACGUAGAAAACGAGGUGAAGUGGUGGAGGAGUCGGACGAAGAAGAAAAGAAAGCAGUUCCUGCGGUCCCACAAAAGACUGUGGAAGAGGUUGAAGAGGAAGAGAGACAAAAACACAAACAUAAAAUGGCUAACCUAGCAUUCAAACCUAUUCGAAUGGAUGCAACAUCAGAAUUCCAUCUUAUCGUCAACAUGCACCAUCUUCAGUGCAUGGUAGGCAUUCCAGAAGAACAGCGGAUUCCUAUGCAACGACUUGGUCAACCAGUGAAGCGGUUUAUCAGGCUAGAGAUUCAAGCAAUCAAGAAAGUACAAACAAGUCUACUCGAGUUCGAGACACUCUGGACCAACGAUCCGAAUCACAUAUUUGAGCAAAUCGAAUCAUAUUUUGACGAAUUGCGCAGAAACUGUGAGGUGAAUCCAAACCCGAAGGAUCUCUAUGAUGACCUCUUCCGAGUAACGAACACCAUGAAAAAUCGGUUAGCAGAUAUACCUUACGUGGCUAUAUACGACGAGAAAGCACUGAAGCCAAAGAAACAACAAUAUCACAACUCAAAGACUUGUAUGGGUGGAUGCUCGGAGAGACAUUUAGAGUGUGAACAGUUCCUAGGACAACCCUGUUUACCGCUGGUCGAAAUAGUAGAUAAACUAAUGAAUCAAAUACGACUGAUUGAUACAAAUAGGCGGAGUGCUAUUCAAAAGCUUAACAAUCUGAUCAGCAUGGUUGUCAAAAUGAGUGAUCCCGCUCUCCUACUAGGUAUAUUCUCCGAAUCAUCCGAAGGCAAAUCUGAUGAACUCAAAAAAAUGUAUGAGAUCAUCACAUGCAAACAUAUUAUAUUCAGAGGAACACGGGAAGAAAAAGACCGAGCAUGUAAUUUCUACACUAAAGAAAAUCAUCCAUGUGAGCUUUGCGACAUGUGGUGUAAAUAUAUGGCGCUGUGUUUUGAUUCCGGAUUCAUGUCAUUCCAUGGUGAGCAUCGUCCGAAAUCGGGAGUUCAUCGAUUUGGUGAUGUUAUGUGUGUUACUUAUGAACCGAAGAAGGGCACUGCAAUGACUUUUAUCAGGCACUUCCUUGCCGUAUACUUUGAUCGUAUACAUGAUAGUAUCAAAACGUGUAAAUUGACAAUUGACAUAAUUUGCGAACUCGUUUUUCGUUAUCAAGAGUUAUCCCAAGCACAAAUCCUCCUCACAGAUGAUCUAAUCAACACCCAUUUCGGAAAUCUGUCCUAUGAAGUUCCAAUGGAGUUGAUACGAGCACAGUACGCUGAGGAUCACAAGGAUCUUCGGGAUCAAGAACUAAGCACCGUCAAAAGUGAUGUGAAAGAGCUGCGCUACCUGACGAAUUUGAUGAAGAAGCAACUGACGAAUGAGACUAGUGAGUAUGAUGAAUGUCCAAUUUGUCAGUGCGAUAUUGAUUCAUUCAUGGUGUUCACAUGUGGCCAUCGGAUCUGUCCACCAUGCUAUCAAAGGUUGAAGCAAAUGGCAAAAGCUGAAACUCCUCAUUAUGUAGUGGAUACUCUCAAAUGUCCAUCGUGUCGUGCUCAGAACAAGGUUCAGCAAAUCAUGUUGGCUCGAAGUGGACAUAUGGAACUUGCUACAACCAUACCAGGUUUCAUUCUGUCGGCUAAACUCUCCUCGGCUAUCCAAAUAAUGCGGAAUAUUCUAGCGGCCGACGAAACCAACAAGAUUAUUCUCUUCACAAACGUUGAUCCAGCAUCCACAGCCGUUUUUCUCUACCUUCAGAAAGUUUUUAGACUGGCUGAUUUACCGAUUACAACUGCUUCAAGACAGAAUUGUGGAAAGACAAUUGUCGAUUUUGAUAUAUCAGACGAUGUAAAAAUCCUUCUCUGCCCACUGUCACUCUGUGCUAACGGCCUGAACAUGACCGGCGCAAAUCACAUUAUCUUCCUGGACCCUCCACAUCUUCAAUCUGUUCUUAAUCAAGCAAUCGGUCGCAUCAAUCGCUUUGGACAGCGACGAGCGAUGCGUGUGUAUCAUUUGGUUGUUGAAGGAAGUCUGGAUUCGGAACUGAGAGCAAUCGCGAAAAAUAAUACUGAUCGAGCGACUGAAAAGAAAGGCUGGACAAUUGGUGAUAUCCGUGCAAUGUUCGACAUAAACAAAAACGAUCCGCCAGCCCGAUAUGCUCGACAGCAACAUGGUUUCGGCAACUUUGGACGCUGA